AUGUUCACCAUUGAGGAGGUCAACAGUGAUCCCUAUCUUCUGUCAAACAUUACGUUAGGAUAUCAGAUGUAUGACACGUGUAACAUACCUCACUAUGAAUUGCAAGGAGCUUUACACUUCCUGACUGACGCUAGUACGACUUUCACUAACAACCAGUGCCAUUCUAGAUCAUCCUUCGCAGCUAUUAUUGGAUCUACAGUUUCAACCAACUCAAUAAUCUUGGCUCAUUUCUUGGGAACUUUCAAGUAUCCGCAGGUCAGUCAUUUAUCAAGUCUCUCUCUCCUGGGCAACAGGAAAAUAUUUCCAUCCUUCUUCAGGGCAGUAGCAAGUGAUAAAUUGCAAUCCAUUGGACUGGCUCAGCUUCUUCUGCACUUUGGUUGGACUUGGAUUGGUCUUGUCGCAAGUGACAGUGAUUAUGGUCUUCAGGGAAUUUACCCAAUUAAAGAGGAGUUGGUCAAGGCUGGAGCAUGUGUGGCUUUUACUGAAUAUAUUCGUCUAGGUCUACCGGAUCGCAAUGCUCCUCGAGUAGUAGAGACCAUCAAAGAGUCUACAGCUGUGGUAGUCCUUGUGUUUGCUUAUGAACUCAACUAUUAUAUACAAAAGGUAAGAGUAACUUUGACCAUGGGCAACGAGAUCUACUUUGAUGAGAAUGGAGAUCCACCUGAUGUUUAUGGAAUUGUGAACUGGCAAAUGAAUCCAGAUGGCACUGUGGUACAAGUUAAGAUUGGCUCCUUUAGCACUUCGGAUAAAGCUCUGAUUCUUAACUCAAGUUUGAUUGUAUGGCCUACUGGAGAACAACAGGUUCCACGUUCUGUCUGUAGUAAGAGCUGUCAUCUAGGAUUUAGGAAAUCAGCCAUCCAAGGUCAACCUUCCUGCUGCUUUGAGUGCGUUCCCUGCCUACAAGGAGAGAUCUCCAAUCAGACAGAUUCUUUUAACUGUUACAAAUGUCCAUGGGACCAAUGGCCAAAUCAAGAAAAAUCUAGAUGUCUCCCAAAACCCUUCGAGUUCCUGUCUUAUGAGGAAGCAUUAGGAGCUUCCUUAGCUGCAUGCAGCUUGAUCUCUUCCAUUGUUCCUCUUCUUAUUUUGAGACUUUUUGUAAAGAAUAGAAAAACCCCUAUUGUAAAAGCCAGUAAUUAUUCCCUGAGUUGCCUUCUGUUGGUCUCUCUUUGUCUCUGCUUCCUCUGCUCCUUAGGAUUUAUUGGUUACCCAGAACACAAGAAAUGUCUCCUACGUCAAGCAUCCUUCGGUCUGGUCUUCUCUCUCUCUGUUGGAUGCAUUUUGGCCAAAACAAUCAUGGUGGUUUUUGCUUUUAUGGCCACCAGACCAGGGAGCAGUCUACGGAAAUGGACUACAUUCAGAGUUUCUUACUCUAUUAUAUUCAUUUUUUGUCUGCUACAGUUCAUUCUAUGUGUCACUUGGUUGUCCAUUUCUCCUCCCUUUGCACAAUAUAACUCCAACAUUAGACCUGAACUCAUCGUUGUUGAUUGCAAUGAAGGAUCUCCUAUUGCCUUCUGGACCAUGUUGGGUUAUCUCUUUCUUCUGGCCACCAUUAGUUUCAUUGUAGCCUUCCUGGCUCGGAGACUUCCUGACAGCUUUAAUGAAGCCCAGUUCAUUACCUUCAGCAUGUUGGCCUUCCUCAGUGUCUGGGUGUCUUAUAUCCCAGCCUCCCUCAGUGCUCAGGGCAAGUACACAGUAGCUAUGGAGAUCUUUGCGAUAUUAGCAUCCAGCUGGGCUUUGGUUUUAUGCAUGUUUUUUCCUAAGUGUUUUUUCAUACUAUUUAGACCUGAUAUAAACUCCAAGGAAAAUAUAAUGAGAAAAAACUAA